AGUGAAUUCAACAACAUAAAAUCAUCAAGCCAUGUUUCGAGAUAUCAAUUUUUGACAUGUGUCGUUUUGAGACCAGAAUAAGAUUCUACCGAUUAUGUCAAACAUUUCCGCAGCAGAAGAGCAAGCCAUUGAAGCUAUUGCUCCUAGAAAACUGCAUCAAAUAUUUACACUACCAGCAACAGACAAAAAUGAAGCGUUGAAAGUUACUUACUCAAUCGCCGGUCCUGACAUUGGAGAAGAUGUGCCAACCAUCUUUUUCUGUGGUGGCAUGUUCGGGACAAGAUAUAUGGCAAUGUGGUACAAUCUGUUUGCCGAGAAACAGAGAGUGAGGAUUAUAUUUACAGACAGACCUGCAUUCGGAGGCUCAACACCUGUACCAAUCUCACAACGUAUCUCCACAUUCCUAGAGACCGUCCCAGCCCUUCUCAAGCAUCUCAACAUCUCACACAUCCAUCUCGCCUCCCACAGCGCAGGCACAACCUACGCUCUCAACCUCCUGUGGCAUCGUCCCGAUCUCCUCUCGCCUACCAACCCAACAGUCCACUUCUUCUCGCCAUGGGUCCAUCAAUCCAUCUCAGGAGUCUCGUUCCUCUCCGCUGCCGCCAAGCUCCCCGAUCCCUUGCUGGAUCAUUGGAAUGGUGUAACAUCGUUCAUCAUUCAACGUGCAAGUCCCGCUUUUGCCAGCUCUUCUGGAGUACUGAACUCGUUUUCGGGGCUAUUUAAGAAAAGCUCAAUUGAAGCGGAGAAGAAGGCCGAAGAGGAGAGGAAAUGUUUGGAAUAUUAUGGGAUGAGCUUAGAGGUUAAAGAUCAGGUGUCCAAGAAAAUAUUCAAGUAUGCAUUUGCGGAGAACUCGAAAGGAGGGAAUGAUGAAGCGAGGUUGUGCAUGAAGUCUGUAGAAGGUUGUCAUUGGGAUGCUUGUGAAGAUUAUGAGGAAUUAGUUGGGAAGCUGAAGGAUUUUUGGGCGAAGAAGGUGCAAGAUGGAGGGAAGAAGUUGAAAGUCAAGAUUAUUCUUGGUGAAGAGGAUAUAAUGAUUGGUGCAAAGGGAAAGAGAUAUUGGGAGGCUUGUUGGACACAAGAACGAUGUGGUGAUGGAAUAGAGGUGGAUUCAAAAGAGUUGAAGGGUGGUGAUCAUGAAAGUGUGAUUGACGCUACGAAAGGGCCAUUUGCCGAUAUGUGUACUGUUGUAAAGGAAGGUGGGAAUUAAAACGAGAAAUGUUUAACAUGAUCAUUUGCUAUUUGAGUAGUGACGGUCAUACUUCGAGACGUCAAAAAUAAUUAGCCAUAUCAAAGCUGCAGAGUAUGAUAGGAAUCUCAUCAUGACGAUCUUCUGUACUUGGCGGUAUU